UCAGCUCGGUUAGUCGUCCGUAAGCCACGGCGCGGAGGAGGCGCGCUCGCGGGUACUCCGUAUAUUAAACCUGUCGACUUUUUGUGUGACAUCCGUUUUAUUUGAACAUGUGCAGUGUUUGAUAAAGAAGAUGACCGGUGAAAUUUGCUGCAACCAAAAAUGGUAUGCGAUAGUUUGUGCGCGUAGCUGAAAGGAGAGAUGCACUUGCGUGCUCUACUCUCACUUGAACGGACAACUGCCGGCAUGAAGGGCCAACCGGUUUGGACUACGUCACCGCCCGGGGAGCCGUUAGUACGGGCCCCGGUGGGCAAGCCAAGAUGUCCGCCCGCUAUAUCUCGCCUUCGCGUAGAAAAGGUGGAAGGAGGCCUGGCGGUCGCCGGUGUGGUCGUCGCAGCUAACUGUCAAAUAGUCCUGCCAAUAUUUGGAUUCUUAUUUAUGCUUGUCGGAUGCGUGUUAACCGCGGCGUCGUAUCGUGGCUGCGGUGAAAAUGAGGAGCCGGACCACUACGCGGCGCGCAUCGCUUUUACCGGCAACUCUCGUGUGCUGGGCCCUGUCUGCAUCGUCGCUGGUGCUCUCAUGACCAUUGCUGGUAUCGUGCUCUGCAUAUUAAUGAGAGCUGCCCAACGUCGACAGCGGAGGCUGGCGUUCCACUGUCCCAUACACGGAGACUUCUAUCCACUAAGCCCGCAAAACAGCAGAAAAUAUUCUCGGAUUUGCGUUUGCGUUGCAGGCAGUCCGUCAGGGCUGUGGCGUUGGUUGCGCAGCUGGCUGGGCCUGGUGGAGGAGGGCGAGGUAGCCCGGUGCCCGCGCUCCGCGGAGCCCGCCUCACCGGCCCGCGCUGACGCCCCGUGCCCGCCACCUUUACCUUUCUUAGUGCCCUCCGAUUCUGUUGUAGGCAUGGCGUCAGUGUUGGGCGCUCCUCUAAGUCCUGAACAAACUUUUGGCUCGAUCAAAUCACUCGCGAUAUCGAGGGAGGUUGCCAGUUUUCCUUUAUCACGCUCGCCGACACCGCCACCAUUGAGCUGUCCACCAUUCAAAGAGGAAUCAAAGUGCCUCGAAGAUAUCCCGAAUGCAGUUAUUAUGCGUCCAGACUUCGACUGCGGAUCCCCGACGUGUAAUUAUCGAGUGGUCGAGUGUAAACUAACUACUACAGACGAAAUCCAUCGCAGUGCCCCACUAAACACUAGUGUUCAUAGCGCGGACAACAGACAAAUAAGACCUAACACAGUUUCAAUAACGAUACCGGACGAAGGCAAAGGUUAACGCCACGACAUAGGUUAGAUAAUUUUUUAAUUAAAAUUGUUUAAAAGUGAGCUAGAGUGCGUUGUUCGGAAUAUUUGGCGUAAGGUUUGCAACGACCAAAUUGGGCGUAUGUGUGUGUAUUCUUGUUUGUAUGCUCUUUGUUUUGGUCUGUCGUGAGCCAAUGGAGCCAGCCACGAUACGCCUAGUGUGGCCGCACUCACAUAUAAAGUAAUGUACAUAAAUUGUUUAAUUUAAGGAAUCACAAUACCUAUUAUUGUUUAAUAAAUUUUUCGAUGUCUGCUCAAUCGAUCACGGUUCGUCUUCCGCUGUUGCUCACUUCAUUAGACACCUUGUUAUCACAACUUCUGCUGCAUUUAUGUUUGUGCAGAUUCUUCAAUAAUGCAAUUUAUUAUAUUUAAUAACACAUUGGGAAUGCAAAGUUUGGACCGUAUCCGGUUAACAUAGAGUCACCUCAGAAAUAAAUAUAAGUAAUAAUAUGAUAUAAAUUAGUUCAUUUACAAAAAAUUUAACCCACAUAUAAAUUAUGUUUAUUAGCAAUAUAUUGCGCCAAAUAUCAUAAGUGUAGAGAGGGAUGGAUGAGAAUGUCUAUGUCAUGUUAUGGUGGACUAUUAUUUACUUUAUUUUGCUUCCAAUUUAUUUGGAACCGAGCAGAGCAUUUCCUUUAUUUUAAUGCAUGUUACAUUAAUAUAACCUUAUUUACGUGAUGCCAAGAGUCGUGAACUGAUUGAGGAUACGAAGUUUCGCUCAUAAAAUUAGAAUACUUACUUAUUUCUUUUUACUUAUUUCCACAUACAUACGUCGUACGUGCUUUAUCAAUAGCACUAGCAUUAGGCACAUACUCAUAUUUAUAGGCACUAUUGUUUUACAUUGAAUAACAAUGCCACUAUAAAAUAUUUAAUAACAUAAUAUAUUGUGUAACUUAAUAUACCAAUUCCCUAAGGUAUCCAAUCAUAAACUGAAACAUUUUUUCAUCUAUUAAAACCUUCUUGGACAAAUGUUGGGUAAUAUUUGUAUUUUAAUGUAUUGUGUGGGUGCAAAUAAGGUCCGAUCACGUAUUGUAUGAAACGGUCACGUAAAUAAGGUGGAAAUAUUUAUCCCAAUGCUCACUGUGUCGGCAGUCUAGUCGUAUCAUUCUAUCUAUUGUAUAUUCUGUUGGUGUAUAUGUAUACCUAACUCAUAUAUUAUAUGUAUAUGCGCUAGGAGAAAUGUAUUGGCUCAGUAGGAUUACCGUUCCUUAUAUUAAAUUAUAUUUGUAGGAAAUUGUCCAUUACAUUCGUUUACGCGUAAUAUUAGUCUAAGUAUAAUGUGUAAGAGUACAUACAAAACACGUGCCCUAGAUAUAGUUCCGAUUGUGAUAUAUUUUUUAAUUUUUAACAUUCUCAAUUUAAAACUCAAAUUCAAUUUGUUACGAGCUCAGAACGUACCUACCUAGUGUAGUCUUUGAAUUAAAAAGAUACUAAAGUCAUUUUAAAUUAUUUGCUGUUGUCGUGGUAAAUAUAUAUUAAAAAAAAACUUUUAUAGUAUGUAUGUAGAUAUUCCUAAUUUAAUAAAUUGUUUUGGUGUAUGAGCCAAAAGAAUGUUGCCAAAA